AUGACGAAUUGUAAGUCUGCAGUCACAACUACAGAGACAAACCAUAAACUGGAUUCUGAUGCCGAUGGGGAGGAAGUAAAUGCUAUAACUUUCAAACAGUUGGUUUGCUCUCUAAGAUAUUUGUGUAACAGCAGGCAUGUAAUAUGUUAUGUAGUUGGAGUGGUAAGUAGGUUUAUGAGUAAGCCAAUGUGGUCAUAUACCAAGCUACAAUCAGGAUACUCAGGAUGUUUGGCUUACGAAUUUUCUAUAGGAACCGAGUUCAAGUUGAGUAAACUAGUAAGGUUGAUGAUUGACAACAAAUCAACUAUAAGUCUUGUCAAGAAUCCAGUGAUGCAUGAAAGAAGUAAGCACAUUUACAUAAAUUUUCAUUUUCUGCGCAAUCAAGUUCAGAAUGGAGUGCUUGAGGUUGUUCACUACAAUACUCAGAAGCAACUUGCAGAUGUGCUGACCAAGGAAAUCAAAACUGAACACUUCAUCAAUUUGAGGGAUGGAUUUGGUGUUGUUGAUUUUUAA